UUCCAUUGUGGACGUCACAAUGCGGAAGUUGGACAAUGAGCUUCAGACGAAAACGUCCUCCUCUGGGCAACAUCUGUGAGGAAAUCAAUGCUUCCCCCUUUCCAUUUCUUUUCUAAUUCUGGGGAUAAAUUGGUGACUUGCAGGAACUGAAGGGAAAUGAAGUGAUUCCAGGGAGGGAUUCCAGAUUCUGAGAAGAUGGAAACGGGUUUGUACUUGAAAGAGUUACAGAUGCUGCCAGACCUGCAGGAGUUAGGAGGCUGGUAAAAAGACCUUGGAGGACCGGGUGCUCUAGCCAAUCAGAGCGCAGGCUUUGUGUCUCCGGCGCUUGAGCUUCACGGAGACGGAAAUUUCCUCCUGUGUCCAACAUCUGAUAUUAGAAGGGGAGGAUUUGCAAACAGAAAUCUCAAUACAAAAGUCACGUCAAGAUCUCACAGUCACUCAAUUCACGGGAACUGAAUAUCAUCAGCCUUUGAAUCUAGAAGGAGAAAUGUUUGUCUGUUCUGUCAGCUUCAAAAAGUUUUGGAAAAGCAUCGAGACACACACACCCAAGUGAGAAUUUUCCAGUCUAUGACUGGAGUAACCUGAAGAAACACAAGGACACCUGCACUAUGGAGAAACCGUGGAAAUGUGGGGAUUGUGGGAAAGGAUUCCGUUCCCCGUCUGUGCUGGAAAUUCAUCGACGCAGUCACACUGGGGAGAGGCCGUUCACCUGCUCCGAGUGUGGGAAGGGAUUCACACGAUUAUCCACACUGCUGACACACCAGCGAGUUCACACUGGGGAGAGGCCAUUCACCUGUGCUGAGUGCGGGAAGGGAUUCACUCAGUCAUCCCACCUGCUGAUACACCAGCGAGUUCACACCGGGGAGAGGCCAUUCACCUGCUCCUUGUGUGAGAAGGGUUUCAGUGAUUCAUCUACCCUGCAGACACACCAGCGAGUUCACACUGGGGAGAGACCAUUCACUUGCUCCAUGUGUGGGAAAGGAUUCGCUCAGUCAUCCAACCUGUAUUCACAUCAGCGAGUUCACACUGCAGAGAGGCCAUUCACCUGCUCUGUGUGUGGGAAGAGGUUCCCUCACUCAUCUAAUCUGCUGAGACACCAGCAGGUUCACAGUGGGGAGGGGGCUUUCACCUGCUCUCAGUGUGGGAAGGGAUUCAGUGAUUCAUCCAACCUAUUUUCACACCAGCGGGUUCACACUGGGGAGAGGCCGUUCAUGUGCUUUGAAUGUGGGAAGGGAUUUACUCAGUCAUCCAGCCUGCAGACACACCAGCGAAUUCACACUGGGGAGAGACCGUUCACCUGCUCUGUGUGCGGGAAGGGAUUCAGUGAUUCAUCCAACCUGUUUUCACACCAGCGAGUUCAUACUGGGGAGAGGCCGUUCCCCUGCUCUCAGUGCGGGAAGGGAUUCACUCGGCUAUCCAACCUGGUGACACACCAGCGAGUUCACAGUGGGGAGAAGCCAUUCAUCUGCUCCGAGUGUGGGAAGGGAUUCACACAGUCACAACACCUGCUAAGACACCAGCGAGCUCACCAGUGCUUCCAGAGGUUGGAUUCUGCUACUAUUGCUGCUGUUAAUCACAUCCAGGACUGAAUCAUGUUCAUUCUGAAAGUUGGGAGGGUCAGAGGGUUUCUUUCUGCUGGACUGGUCAGUCUCAUGACUUUGCUUCCAGUGGGCUGAUGCUCUUUGAAUGUGGGAGAGCACAUUUCCACUGAAAUGAUCCAUAAAAGCUGAUGAAGUACAUUUAUUUAUCCUGGAUAGUAAAUAGUGUUGUUCCUACCACUACAGGUAGAUCUAAAAUAAAUACAUUUUUUUUCCCAUUGAGUCUAUAGCACAGGGCUAGACCAGUCGGCUCCAUUGGUCUAUGUCAGCAUUUAUGUUCCACAUGAGUCCACACCCACCUCUCUUUAUCUCCCCCAUCAGCAUGUCCUUCUAUUCCUUUCUCCCUCUUGUUUAUAUCUAGCUUCCCCUUAAAUGUAUUCAUACUAUUCACCUCAACCACUCACUGUGAUAGCGAGUUCCACAUUCUUACCACUUACUGGAUAAAGAGGUUUCUCAAGAAAUCCCCAUUGGAUUAUUGAACUUCUUCAUAAUCUUAAAGACUCCCAUCAGGUUACCCUUCAGUUUUAUCUUUUCUAGAGAAAAGCAGACCCAGACUUUCCCGAGGGUUGAAAUGCUCUCAUUUCUAGUAUUCUUGGGAAUAUUUGUUGCCCCUUCUCCAGUGCCUCUAUUUCCCUUUUCUAAAUGGACAUCAAAAAUGUUAACAGUCCUCCCACUGUAGUCUAACCAUGGUUCGAAACAAGUUGAACAUAACCUCCCUGCUUUUCAAUUCUGUCCCUCUAGAAAGGAACCCUACAUCUGAGCCCCGCACUUUGGACAAGAUGUGAAAUUAUGCGAGAGGGCGCAGAGGAGAAUUGUGAGAAUGCACUAGAGAUGAGGGUCGUCAAUUAGUUGGAGAGACGGGAGCAGCUGAAAUUUCUGUCUUUAGAUCAUAGAGUCAUUAGAGCAGAGAAGGAGGCCAUGCAGCCCAUCGAGUCCAUGUCGACUCUCAGCAGAGCAAACUAGUCAGUCCCAUUGCCCUGUUCUAUUCUUGUUACCCUGAAUGUUUAUUUCCCUCAAGUGUCCAUCCAAUUUCCUUUUGAAAUUAUUCAUUGUCUCCUUUUCCAUUGCCCUUAUAAGCAGUGAGUUCCAGGUCAUUCCCACUCAGUGUAAAAUAUUCUUCCUCACAUUCCCCCGCAUCUCCUCCCCAAAAGCUUAAAUCCGUGUUCCCCAAUCCUUGUACCAUCAGUUAAUGGGAACAGCUUUUCUUUCUCCACCUUAUGUAAACUUGUCAUAAUCUUGUACACCUCUAUCAAAUCUCCCCUGAACCUCCUUUACACCAAGGAGAACAAUCCCAGUUUGUCAUCUAAAAUAAAGAACAAACAGAAUAUGUUAAUGCCUGGAAUCAAAUGGGAAUUUAAAGGUAUUAUGAAAAUAUUGUACGGGACAGUAAAGGAAUUGGGAUUACUCACUUUGAUGUAGUUCAAUGGAAUAUAUCAAUCCGGCAUCCAUGUACAUUUUAGUGAAAGUUAAGGAAGUGUCGAUGAGAUGAACAAGUUGAUAGCUUUAUCUUGGAAAUAUCUGUAUCCUUUGCUUAUGUUCUUUUUUUAGAAGAAAACCACAUUUGAUAGUCUGGCUAAUCCCUAAACUAUCAGCACCAUAUCAGGGGAGAUAAGCAAAGAUCUCGAGAUUAACACCCACUUUCAUCUUUUAAUAAGAACACCUGAAAGUUCAGAAUAUGUGGCAUGAUAUUGGAAUACCGAUUUGUGUGUACAGAUGUAAUUUGUUACUUGUGAAGCAACUAACGUGUAAAUUCAUGGUGAAAGGCACUGAAGAAUGGGUUCCAAACAUGGAGAGCUACUUGACAAAUACCAUGACAUGAAAUGGUUAAUGUGGCCGGGGAAAUGAGACAACAUUUUGACAUCAUUAAGGCACUGACUCAUAUUCCAUGGAGAAACUGACUUUAAAACAAUCAGGAUAGAAUUAAACACACUGGUCACACUCAAGAGAUGAAUUAAAUUAAAGUUAAAGGGAUAAAAAUUUUAGAUUGGGAAAAUCAAGGCCUUGGGCGAAAUAAUACUCAGUAAGAACUGUCCACAAGUUGGAUAGGGGUAAAGAGAGAGCUGGAGAAUCUUUGACAUCCAUGCUUGAUAAGUUGCUUCUUGAUGCUCUUUGAUAUUCCUUAUGUACUAGUACCAUAGAGCUCGUGAAGCUCCUUCAUGAGAAAAGAUCGAGUAGAUGUUACUCCAGAUGGGGCCAGAACAGAGAGAGACAGUACUGCUCCCCUUCAAGAUGUGGGCUGUAAGAAUCCUGGGGGAUCCCCGCUUGGGGUUUUCUUGCUAAUUAGCGAACAAUAAAAUAAGUUUGAUAACUGGCUGUGUAUUUAUUUUUAAUUUUAUUCUUAUGCUUCUCCUGUUUUUAUUCCUGUUGUGAUUACGCUCUGAGUAAGGCUGGUUGAUAGGUGACAGGAUGGGAUAUUGUGGUUUGGGUCUUCAUUGACGAAAUGUUUUAUUGAUCUGAAAGGUGUAAAAGGGGCCAAACUUUGGCAGAAGCCUAGCAGAGCUGAGAAGAAAUGACUUGCUGGGUGUCCUUGGGCUGGCAUGGACAAGAUGGGCCGAAUGGCCUCCUUCUGUGCUAUAACUUUUCUAUGGUUCUAUGUAGGAACAGGGAGACAAACAAGCUCCCAGAGGACAGAGAAAACAAGAGUUCCUUGAAUCGUAGGCGACACCUGGGUGUGAAGGCCACCAUAUUUUCACUGCUUGGCCUGGGAAUGCUGACUCCCUGUACCGGGGGUGGAGUGUGGGGAAAUCAAUUGUUUCAGAGUUUGACAUAUCUUGGACGGGUACAGAUGGAUCAAUGACAGAUUUUUAAUUGGUUCAUUCAAAUAUUAGCUUGGCAAUGAUUGGGUUAAAUCAGUCUCCAUAGACUUUGCAAUGUAUAAAAGUAAAAGAAGUGAUUCCCCGAGCACAGGGAUUUGUAGAGGUUUUACAAAUUACAUUGACUGGUGCCAUGGCAUUUGGGACAGACCAGGGAGCAUUUAUGUGGAGAUGGUGCUUCUAUCCAGAGUGUAA